UCAGUCUCUUGAGAUCCGUUGACCUGUUUGGUUGUUGUUUCCGCGGUUGUGCACUUUUUCGUAAACAAAAAAAAGUGUUCUGUGCUUGUGCUCAUCGUAUUUUUUUUCCUGUUGCAGCGCUAGUUCACCGGUGCUUUUUUCUGUGUAAAAUCGUGUGAAGUGAAAUCUCAGCACUCCAGGCGUUAGUGCAAUUGUUUUUUCGCUCCCUUCCUGUUGUAUUUCGUGUGUUGAUUAUUCCGUUAAGCAGUAAAAAAAAGUUGCACGCGAAUCAAGCCACAAAGUGACGAUAGUGGAAGCAAAGUCUUCAUUCAAUUUCGCGACAUCGCGGGUAGUGUUAUCCUACCGAAAUAAGCGUAAAGGAAGUCGUCGAUUCAGUUUUUUUUUUGUCAGUUAGGGUACAAUUUCUGAUAGUGUUACACAAUUUUUUGAAAGUAAGCUUUUUUAUUUUUGCAGUAGUCAUUAAAUAUAUUUUACCUCGAAGUCCGAUCCUUUCUUGUGCAAAAUAUUGGGUUGUAUAUGGGCUGAAUGUUUCUGAUAGCAUCAUAAUUGUUCUAGCCACAUUAGAUUUUGGCCUUGAAUUUAUUAAAUCUGGGUAAAUAAGGAGUACCAAUAAAUUCAAAAUAAACCAUUGCGUGUUUAGUCGUUGGGCUGACGUUUAUGGAAAAUUCUCUUCUCACUAGUUUAACCGGCUCGGGUGUGAAAAUGGGUGGAGACGGGUUUCUCCAUUUAAAAGACAACAUUGGCCAGCAAGCUUUCAUUCAAGGCGAUGAAAAGCUGUUAACUUUGAAGCAACAGCUGGCGAAACGGCCAGCGAUGGAGGAGGAUACAGGAGUAGAAACAUCAAUCAUAAGUUCAGCGCCAAUCCAUGCUGAUGGUGGUGGCACCAAGAGCAGCAACAACAGUCUGGUGGAUUCACGAGGCUGCGCUAAGCCAGAAAAAAAGUUGUGGUUCCGUGGAGUGCGGCCGUCCAAAUUCCGUCACGUGUAUGGUUUACCCACGCGGAAGGAAUGCUGCUAUACCGACAUCAGUGUAGUCCGCAGCGGAAACGAUGGCAACUUUUGUGCCGUGAAUCCCACAUUCCUGGCGAUCGUCGCGGAUACCACAUUUGUGGUAAUUCCAAUCAACCAGACCGGCCGGAUCGACUUUCAGUGCUGCAAGGUGAUUGGACACACCGGCCAGAUACUGGAUCUCAAGUGGAAUCCAUUCGACGACAAUAUGAUUGCAUCUGCAUCGGAUGACUGUACCAUCAAACUAUGGAAGAUUCCGGAGGGCGGUCUUACCAGUAAUUUGAGUGAGUGCUCAAUCGAACUGGUUGGCCACAAGCGUAAAGUAAUGCACAUCGAGUGGCACCCGACGGCUUCUAACAUAUUGAUCAGUGCUGGAUUCGAUCAUCUGAUCUGUGUGUGGGAUGUGGGUAAUACCGAUAAACCCUUGCUGAAUGUGGUCAGCUGCCACGUGGACAUGAUUUAUAGUUUGGUCAUCAACCGCGAUGGGUCACUGGUGGCAACGACAUCCAAAGAUAAGAAACUGCGUAUCAUCGAGCCUCGCAGUGGAAUAGUUGUUUCGGAGGGCAUUUGUCAUUUGGGCACCAAAUGCUCGAAAGCCGUUUUCUUGGAUAACAACCGCAUUUUGACGACUGGAUUUUCGAGGCAUUCGGAUCGCCAGUAUGCCGUAUGGAAUCUCCACGAUUUAAAGAAACCACUGGCACAGGAAGUGAUUGAUAGUUCGAGCGGAGUCGUAACACCGUACUUUGACUACGAUACCAAGAUGAUUUAUUUGGCCGGCAAAGGAGAUGGAAAUAUUCGGUAUUAUGAGGUGGUAGAUGAACCACCGUACGUGUACUACUUGAAUCAAUUUCUAUCCGGACAACCCCAGAAGGCAUUGGGUUUUAUGCCGAAGCGAGGCGUAAACGUUUCGCAAUGUGAAGUGUUCCGUUUUUACAAACUGCAUGCUACCGGAAAUAUUUGCGAACCCAUAUCAAUGAUUGUUCCACGCAAGUCAACUCUGUUCCAGACUGAUCUCUAUCCAGAUACGUUGGCGAACAUCCCGGCAAUCGGAUCCAAAGAGUGGUUCCAGGGUCGAAAUGUGCAACCGAUUUUGAGGUCCAUGAAGACUGGUGAGUCCAUUGUGGAAACGGCGAAUCAGAAGAACCGCACAGAAAGUAGGACCAGUAUUGUUAGCAACAAUAAACACAUUCUAAAUAGUCAUCAUGGCAAUCACAACGGAACUCACAACAAUAGUCACAAUAAUAUCAGCAACGGUGUCACGAAUAAUGGCAGCAACUACACGAACGGUGGCAGCGUUGGACCAAUCGUUAAUGGAAAAAGCAACAAAGAGAACGAAAUCGAUAACCGAAAGCUGGAUAACAAUACGAAGAAAUUUGCAUUCCUAUCGCAGCCGACAAUACCAGAUUAUAGACCACAGACGAUCAUCGAGAAAAGUCAGAAAACUACGACCAACCAGAGUACAAAGUUCCACCAGUUGCAGGCAAUUUUUGGACAGCACCAGACGGCGAACCACAAGGACAUUACUAACCUGCAGAACAAUUUACUGAGCAGCUCGAGGAACAGCUCGCGCAACAGUUCCCUGGAGAACAUCAAUCUGUUGAACUCAGAGAAUGAGCUCCGGAAGGCAUUUAGCAAGCAGACGGAAGAAAUUAAAAGCCUUCGAAAAUCUCUUAACAAUUCCGAGAAGAGGGUGAGGGAACUAGAAGCAGAAGUCAAGCGAUUACAGCUUCAACUGAAACACUAGACAGCAAAAAUCUACCAUUUUUUCUUUCCAUCGUGGAGAAUCAUUGUGAAAAAAAUAUUUGAUCGGUAAAUUCAUAUUUUUUCACUUUUCCAUAAAAUAGUAAUCCCGAAUAUCGGGGGCUUAAAUGCUCGGUACGAAGCAGGUAAUUCGUAUUGAAACUACGUAUUUAAGAAAAAAAAUAAUCCACUACAAAUUUGAGUGCUUUGAAUAAAAACAGCAACGUAAGCAUACAGUAUUUGAGCCAUUCUCAAGCUACCCAUAAAACGCGAGAAGAAAAAAUUAUCGUAUCGCUCCGCCUCACUUUGAAAGGAUGCUAAUUUAUUCGUGUGCAGAUUCGGAGCAGAGCAUGACCCGAAUCGUACAACCCACAAGACUACCAUAACCGGAUGGCCAAACGAAACUCAACCAGGACAGAGCGAGUGCUUUUUACUAUCGCUUACCACAAACAUACAGCUAAUAAUAUAUAAUAGUGUGCUGAACAACUAUAAACUGCAUUUGCUUCGACGACUUCUGCGCUUUUUGCUUGUAGCGAGAAUGAGCAUGAUCCAGCCAAGACAGGUAAAAGAUGUGAUUUGUGAUUACGGAGCAAGACAACCCAAUUAGAAAAAUAAACCGUCUACAAUAGAUGAUAAUAAACAUAGCACUAAGCUAGCAAGUAAGACGUUUUCCCUAAAUGUAAGCUGUGGGCGUAAUAAAAGACAGUCAAACGACACAAAUUAGAGUGGACAUGAUAUCAAGCACACUGAAAGUUACCAAGACGGCAAACGACAAAAAUCAGCGAUCAGUGAGUAUCGGUGGAGGCUUCAGCAUGUUGAGGUUUAAUCAUUGAUGUGGGCUUUUUUCGGUCGAUAGAGGAAGUCUGGCCUGUCGGCGGUUUUGUUUGAAUGUCAAACUAGAAGAAGAGAAAUAAAGUAAAAUUGUAGGAAUUAUGUGGAUUUUAACAUGUUUUGAAUCUGUGAUUUUUUUUCGAUCAUCUCAGAUCAAAUGAAAUCGUUUUGUUUGUAUCAGGGAACUGUUUCUGCUUGAUUGUUGCUGUUCAGAACACAACGAUUUUCCUUACUUUUAAAAUUGGGCUGUUAUAAUUGUACACUUUUGUUCACAUUGUGUUUUUUUUUCAUGACGAUAGCUGUUAGGUAUCUGUUGCGAAUUUAUUACGUUUAAGUUUUCACUCCCUUCGCUUCUGCAUUUAUGUGUGAGAAAUGUAAAUUGACAUAUCCUGUCGUUGCGUUAUUUGAACUGUCUAAAUAUCCAGCAGAUGCUGCCAUCUUUUUCGGGAUCAAUACUACUCUUGCCAUUUCAAAAAACCACUGUUUUAACUCUAAUCUAUUCUACUCCACGAUUUUGAAUUCAAAUUUUAUGAAUCAGUUAAUUAUUUAGUUACGCAUGGCGACAGGCGCUAUUGGCGAUACUGAGUUUUGAAUUAAAAACUGGGCAAAUCACACUGUACAAUGUUAUGGACUCAACAAGACUGGUUUAGAUACUAGGAACGCCCUAGACAGACGGAAACGGAGCAAGUAUAAGAUAGGAACAAAUCGUUUGUGAAUCAAACAACAAACGAUGAAUAAUUACAACUACCAUAAUUUUAGCCGCGGUAUACAUUUUUUCAUAUUGUGUGUUACAACAAUUAAUGAUCAAUAACCAAUAGUGACAGGCAUUUAAUAAACGACUUUUUUUGUAAUAUCGAUAAUUUCGCACAAAGCAGAAAUAUGAGAUACUUUACCAUUAAAAGCAUGCUUUUGUACUAAGCAAAUUGAGCUAAAUCUACGGAAUGCAGUAAUCCGUAAGUAAUAGGAAAAAUUUAACAAAAAAACACAUGAUCUUAAUUUAGUUACUAAAUGCUGUAAGUGAAUGUAAACGGAAUGAGACAUAAUAAAGAUAGAACGAGCAAUGUUCGAUGUAGCAAAGCAUGAAA